CCCCGCCUUAUUGUUUUGAUUAACAGGUUGUCUUUUCGCGUGAAUUGAAGCAAGCACCUCGGGUGAAAAACCUCAUAAAACAAGUGGCACUCAUUGGGAUUUACUGAAACGCAUACAGUCUGUGUUAAUAAUGACCGUGUCGACUUGAUAGCGGCGCUGUUGUUGACAAAGAUGCUUUUCUCCCAAAGAUAAGCUAACAUUAGCUGUCUGGUAGCGUAUCUUUGGUAACAACAUGACGGUGAUGGGGAGCGGUGUGUAGGAGCGACCGACCAGACAUUGGAUCGCCCCGAUUUCCUGCUUGUCAAUCACACAUCUCCAGGAUUAUAAUGUCUUUGUGUCUGGAUACAGUCGACACGGCUUUCUAAACAAAAAAACAAAACUGCCUUCAUCUAACCAAGUUAUCUGCAUGUGGUCUUUAAAAUUCAGCUAUUGUGAUACUGUGACUUUUUCAAAUAACGUCUUAGCUACAUUUUUCGGACCUCAUGCCAAUUCACUUACGAUCUUCAGUAAUUCAAGUCAAUACGUGUUGGGUGUAGUGUUGGGUAUUUUCAUCACUUUCUUUCAAUGGGCGAGGAAAAGCCAGACACGCUUGACUUUGUGAAGGAUUUCCAGGAGUAUCUGAGCCAGCAGACCCAGCAUGUCAACAUGAUCUCAGGCUCUGUCAGCGGCGUCAAGGAGGUGGACGAGCUGCCACCAGACUGCGGUCAGAAUGGACUGGAUCACCCCUCAGUGGACAUGUCUCUGGAGGACAGCUCAGGGAUCCUAGUGGAUGGUUUUGAGAGGACCUAUGAUGGCAAGCUCAAGUGCCGCUACUGCAACUAUGCUACCAGAGGCACAGCAAGACUCAUUGAGCACAUCCGAAUUCACACAGGAGAGAAACCUCAUCGCUGCCAUCUUUGCCCAUUUGCUUCGGCCUAUGAGCGCCACCUAGAGGCCCACAUGCGAUCUCACACGGGCGAGAAGCCUUAUAAGUGUGAGCUGUGCUCUUUCCGCUGCAGUGACCGUAGCAACCUGUCGCACCAUCGCCGUCGACGCCACAAACUGCUGCCAAUGAAAGGUGCGCGCUCACUCUCCCACAAGAAGAUGCUGAGUGUUUUACAGAAGAAAGCCAGCUCACUGGGCUAUGGCCGCCGGCUCCUCAUCAACUUCAGCCCCCCUUCUAUGGUGGUGCACAAAGCUGACAAUGUGAACGACUUCUCCCAUGAGCUGCCCCACUUACGCCAAGAGUCGUAUGAUAAUCAGGGUCGCACAAUCGACGAUGGGCACUCCACAAAUCACCAAGACAUGGUUAUGGAAAACCCUCUGAAUCAGCUGUCCACCCUGGCAGGCCAGUUGGCGAGUCUCCCUUCAGAGUCCCAGGCCCAGAAUCAACCCCCCAUGUCUCCAGGAGCAGAGUCUAUCGUCGAUGAGAAGCCUUUCCUCAUCCAGCAGCCCCUCCCUGCCACAGCUCCUGUAGCUGUCUCAGCCAGCAUGGCCCACGCCUCCUGCUCGUCCCCAAUCACCCCAGAGCCCAGGGGCCCCCCCCACAUCACCUGCAGCCCUGGAAGGGGACCCUGCAGCGAGCACAGUGGGCGCACCAGUACCCCCAGUGUCUCCAACAGCCAACCCAGUACGCCGGCCCCAGGCCUGUCUGUCCCACUCCAGGACCUCCACAUGCUGCAUCACUGCCAGCACUGUGACAUCUACUUUCCCGACAACAUCCUCUACACUAUCCACAUGGGCUGCCACGGCUACGAGAAACCAUUCCAGUGCAACAUCUGCGGCCACAAGAGCAAGAGCAAGUAUGACUUCGCCUGCCACUUUGCCCGCGGGCAGCACAAGUUCAUAGGUAACAGUGAAUGUUGAGCCUGUUGGCGAUCACUCUACCCCUGCGGGAUGGCAAAUCAUUUAAUUGUGAGAUGGAUUAAUCUUACUAAUUUAUAAGUAAAGUGUUUUCUAACUUA